AUGGAUCAAAGCAUCAACAUUCCAUUUGAGCUUGUCUACGCAGAUGACACUGAUUUCAUAAGCCUUAGUCGUCAAUGGCUCACAGAGCUCGAACCGGUCAUAGACCACACUCUUGGGCAGUGGGCCCUGAGAGUCAACAACACCAAAACUGAGUGGACAGAGCUGGGUCGAUCUGUAGACAGAAUUGACGAGCGCUGGAGGACAUCCCGAAAGCUGGGCUCACUCCUGGGCGACAUUGAGGAUGUGACACGUCGCAGGCAAUUGGCCGAGGCUGCCUUCCGAUCCAUGUGGUCUCUUUGGAAGCGCCGAGGACUGAUCCGAGAGCCUCUGCGUAUGAGGUUGUACUGCGCCUUUAUCAUGCCGAUACUUCUCUAUAAUUCAGGCACCUGGGGCCUGACGGUUGCUAGCGAACGCUCCCUGGACGCUUUCCAUAGAAGGCAACUCAGGUCACUUCUCGGCAUCACAUGGCCACAAAAGAUUAGUAAUUUGGCGUUGUAUGCCCGAUGUGGAGUGGAGCCGGUGUCGGACUUGAUCCGAAAUUCACACUGGAGUCUAUUCGGGCAUGUGCUUCGCCUGGGUAAGGACACGCCAGCACGAUUGAGCAUGGAGCAAUACUUUCAGGCACCCGAGGGGAGAUACCGUGGGAGGCCGAGGGUGACACUACCAAUAAAGCUCCACACCGAUCUGUCCCAGUCGAACAAUGGGCACCUGCGGGGUGUUGAGGACUUGCGCCGUCUGGAGCGGAUUGCUGUGGACCGUCCAGCAUGGAACGCGCUGGUGAAGAGUGUUUGUGCACACCCUCGUCACGAGUAG